AUUUUGGGCGACGGACUCCAACUUCCGGUGUCUAUGAAAUUAGAAGCCUCUGUCCUGUGUGCUUUAUUGCACCCGUGCUAUUUCAAAAAAGAAAUGACUUUUUCUUGUCAUCAUAUUAACAUUAGAACCUCAGACUUAAUGCUCGUUUUAUAACUUGGUGUGUUUUUCUCCACUCCAGCGGCUGUUUUUCUGUGCUAUCAGGCUGUAGCUUGUCUGAGCUGGAGCAAAGAUGGCGGAAGACGAGAAGAGUGGAGAGCCUGUGGACAAAAACGAACUACAAAUUAUAAAGGAGCUUGUGGACGAACUGUAUAAUUUCAGAGAUCACUAUUUUGAGACUCAAGGUGUGGAGGAAGCUGGAAGGAAACAAAGUGAUGUCACACAGGCGAUAGACAAGACUUUGAAGAAGCUGGAGGAGAAAGAAGACCACUUUAAGCACAAAGCAGAGUUUCUGCUGCAGAAGGGCAGGUGUCUGAACGUGGGUCCUGACUACAGUGCCAUAGCAGAAGAGUGCCUUUCCCGUGCUGUGAAGCUGGAGCCUGGCCUGGUUGAGGGCUGGAACAUAUUAGGGGAGCAGUACUGGAAAAAAGGAGACCUGACUGGUGCUAAGAACUGCUUCACUGGAGCUUUGCAACAGAGCAAGAACAAAGUGUCUCUACGCAACUUGUCUAUGGUGCUGAGACAGCAGCCUGUGGAGGACAGCGUCAAACAUGGCAAGCAGGUGCUGGAGAGUGUGGACAUAGCCCGACAAGCUGUCCAGCUGGAUGUCACCGACGGGACUUCCUGGUUUAUCCUGGGAAAUGCUUAUUUGUCCAUGUUUUUCGUCUGCGGGCAGAAUCCACAGUUCUCUCAACAAGCUCUAAGUGCUUAUGCACAAUCUGAGAAAGUUGACAGAGCUGCUUCUGGUUAUCCGGAGCUGCAUUUCAACCGAUCCACUCUGUUCCAAUAUGAGGAGAUGUUUGGAUCUGCGCUUAAUGGCUACAGCCGAGCCGCGGUGCUCAACCCGGGCUGGGAAGAGCCUCUAGAUAGGGAGAGGCAGCUGCUGGAGUAUCUGAGGAAAGUCACCGAACUCAUAGAGAACAAGGGGAAGCUGAAGGCGCGCCGAUUACGCACGAUGCUUUCUAACCUCAACACGUCAGCCUUGGGUCCCUGCUCCUCCCCUCAGUUCCGAUCCCCAUCUGGUCACAUUGGCAGCCUGGAGCCUCGAACACUUUCCUCCCUCACACAUGGCCACCACGUCGGCAUAGCCGCUCUGGGCAAAGUGGUGUUCAGUCUGGCCUCUGAGGGUCGCAUGGCUUUUACGUUUGGCAUGGUGGACAGUGAGGAGACAUGUAUAGUGGUGAUGGUAUACAACACGGCAAACAGCUGGGGCGUCCUGAUAGGAGACACUGUAGUCAUUCCUGAACCACAGGUCAAGCGAAACAGUAUAACACAUAAAAAUGAGUCGUUUGACUUCAGAAGCAUACGAGUGGACUCUCCUCUGCUCCUCAUUGUCAACGGCAAGAAACAAAGCGUCCAGAGUCAGAGUGCUGUCUCCGUCAGCUCCAAGGCCCAGACAGAAUGAACUGAACAAACAAGAGGACCAAUACUUUUUUUCCUAUGGAUUUUGAAGAGUUUGGCUAAUUAUUGAAGUUUCCUGUUUGUGCCUGUUUUUUUUGUUUGUUUAUAUUUAUAAAUAACAGGUUUUUUUAUAUUAUGUUCAUGUUGGGACAACAUGUAGUCCUUUGGUAACUGAAUGUCCCUGUGAUGCUGACAAAGUUGCUGUGAGUUACGUUUACCCAUAAAAAAGUCAUUUUGUCGAUAUAUUGUUGGUGUCUUAUAGCAGCAGGGACACCACAAAUGUUGUUUGGGACAUACUAAUGUCUUUAUACUUUAAAAAGAGGCCUUUUUUUAAUCUGUCAUAGUAAGAAAAGCACAGGUUUUAUUAAUAACUCAUGGCUGUGUUUUAUUGAAGGACCCCUGCACUUAAUGAGGAUCCUGAAACUCACGUAGCUAAAUGGGUUAUUAAUUCUGUUAUUUACACUUGCUUUUCUUACUGUGACAAGUCAAACUGUCUUCUGUGAAAAACGUAUUCACUGCGUUAU